UUUCCUGUUAUUGGGUCGUUUUCCCCAAUUUUUUUUCCAAGUUAUGCAACGUUUUGGAGCGAAAAAGAAGUCUAGAACCGUGGAAGUCUAUACCGAGCUGCUGAUCACAGUGUUCUUCAUCCCGAGAGUGAGAUUUAAAAUGGAGAGGCACCGACUGCUUUGCGGUUUCCUUUUCUACCUAAUCUUAACCAGUGCUGUUGCCAUCCAGACCCUGAGAAAUAUUAAAGACUUAAAAAACACAACAACUUCUAUGAAAGAAUUCCCACGACACGGCCUCAUGCUUCUGCACUGGUUCGCUAGCACUGUUGACAUUGAUUCAGGUGAAGAGAUGCAACUUACUUUUGAUCCAGGACAAGGCAGCUAUGGAUUGCACUGCUAUGAAAAUACCGAUAAAAGAGCACCUUUUGACUCUUCUGAAAGUCUUUAUUACUCUUUGGGUGACCUCGAUCGAGGAAGCGCUCGAAUGCUACCGUUUUAUGUUAUGCAAGAUUUCCACCAUGCAGGAGAAUCACCUCAGAAAAACAUAGACAGAGUCCUGGUUCAAGUUCAGAAGAGCAACCAAAGAAAAGUAGAGAAAGUGUAUAUGACAGAGUACCAGGGCCGAGGAAGGAGCUAUGAUCCAGACCAGACCUAUGAGAUCAGUGUUCAGCUUCUGAUUCAAAUUCGAGCACUUGGUAUGGAUAUAGCAUGUGAAGCAAAUGAUCCUAGGCUAGACUUUAGCCUGUGUGAAUUCUUGAAUCAUCAACAAAAAGCUGCCAAAGUAUUAAUGUUAUAUCCCCAGGUUCCAGGUCUUGAGUGGUUUCUGACUCUGGCUGGUUACAACAUUGACUCAAGAACCAAUAUAUUUUUACAAGCAUCAUUCUGCACAAUGAACCAAACCACUAAUCCUAAUGAUAAUUGCUCUCCACCAUCCAAUGGUAUCAGUGACGUCAUGCACAACAAAGUAGAACUAGAGGUGAAAUCCACUUCAGGAGGGUAUGCAAAGAUCACUUGGAGCGGAAUACCGGAGAAUGUUGCAAGAAUGAAGCUUAAAAUAGGCAUUUAUAAAGGCAGAACCAACACUGAACCAUUAAAGGAGUAUCCACUGAAUGGUAGAACAUAUGGAUCCAUAGACACUAGCGUACCUCUAAAUCCUGGGCUUCAUGUACAGCUUUUACAAAGUGAAAAGAUACCUUACUACUUUUUUUUCGGGACAACAUACUAUACGAUGAUCUGGAAAGGUCCAGAGCUUGACGAAGCCAACAGGAUUCCUCCGGUAAAUAUCCGAGGUUAUCAGAGCAGCCUACAGAUCUACACUAAAGAUGGCUAUGCCUGUGCCAGACUCUACAUCAGGAAGACCUUCACGAGCUGGAAAAAUGCGUUCAACAACGCUUGGGUGGGAAUCUAUACUACAAAGACAGAGGAUAAUGCAAAAUAUAAAGAGUAUGAAUGGUGUAAAAAUUUUGAGAAGAGUUCAGAUGUUGAGUGCACUUUGGAUUAUGAGAUUUAUCAGUAUGAGUCCAGUGUCCAUAUUGGCCCCGGAGUCCAGGCUCGAUUUAUGUUGACCUCACAUUAUGGUAGUGAGAAAGCUAGAACUGUAGCCUGGGAGGAAUAAUAAGUCUUAAGAUAAUAGCUGGAUAAUGUUGGCUAAACCUUUAGCAUUUGUGUCUUUUAAACAGUCAUAGACCUUCUAGGCUUACAAAGACAUAUAUGCUUGUCUCUUAAAAAAAGCUCAGAUUUCUAGUCUUUUUUAGUCCAACCAUCACAAUCCAAGUGAGUAUUUAAAAUGGCUAAAUUUCGCUUACUAGAAUUUCUAUUUUACCCUCAAAAAUAUUCAACAUGUAAACAAUAAAACAACUCAGAAGCAACGCAGCCUAAAUGAUGUUAUUUAUAAUAAUAAUUUAAACACUAUCUAAAAUACUAGGGCUAAAUUGUCAACCAUUAAACAUAGCCAGGUUACUAGGACUAGGUAUUUUGAUCAUUUGUAUUUUUGGAUGUAUACACAGCCUGCAGAUCAGAGCUAGUUUUUCUAGAUCCUGAUUUGUUUGCCCAAUUUUUUUCUGAACAUGAACAUAUUUUUGUCAGUUAUAUGCAGAGAUGGGGGACUCAAGUCGCUAAUUUGAGACUUGAGACUUGCUUGACAAAUAUUAAAAAAAGACUCGACUUGACUUUGACUCGACUUUCAUGACUUGAGACUUGACUCGGACUUGAGUUAAAUGACCCAGAGAUGGGGGACUCGACUUGACUCGAGUCAGACUUAAGUCGCAAAUUUUAGACUUGCUUGACAAAUAUUAAAAAAGACUCGACUUGACUCUGACUUGACAUUUAUGACUUGAGACUUGCACAUGUGACUUAAUCCCACCUCUGGUUAUAUGUGUUUCUGUCCUUACUUAUAACCAGUGGCUUUCUCAAUAUCUAAUGUAGACAUUUCAGGUCAAAUUAAGAGUGAGUCUAGAACUAGACUUAGCAUGUUUUUUAAAACUGAGCUAAUCCAUCUACAGAAUUCUUAUGCAAUGUGCUUUGCAAUAUUAACCAAUAAAUUAUAUUCACUCCAAGAA